GUCUAUCUUUCGGAUCGCGUCGUGUACAAAAAGCGCAAACCUGAAAUUCGUAUUCAUCGUCGCCCUCUCCCAAAUUCAACCUGAAAUCGAUCUCCGAUAUCUCUUGAUUUUGACGAUUAUUCUUCGAAUCAAAACUCAAUUCGUUUAAUUCAAACUCUCCUCUUUCGAUCGAUAUCUCUUUCGACUUUUGCCGUUAGUUCUGACAUAUUCUAGGGUUAGGGUUUCGCGUCGUGCUCUCUUCGGCUCUCUAAUCUCUCUAUUUCGUAUGGGUGUUGAGUCUCCUCUGUAUAUAUCUUAAUUUCCCCAUUGAUUUUGGCUCUAUUUUUGUAUAUUAUUGCUGUUCUGUUCGACCUUUAGGGUUUCGAAGUUUUCGAUUCGUGUAGGAUUUGUUGCAAUCUGUAAAUUGGUUUAGGGGUUUGAUUCUCUUUGUUAUUUCGCCUCUUAUCAUCCUCUUUUCCGUCCGAAUUUGGUUGGAUAUUUUGUGAAUUGGGAAUUUAGGGUUAGGGUUUUUUUAUGAAAAUUUGUAGGUUCCCUUUUCAUAAAUUUGUUUAGGGAUACGCCUAACCAAAUCAAUUAGUAUCUUGGCGAUACAAUUGGGGAUCCUUUACGCCUAAAUUAAGUGCCAUACUACUCCUAUUCUGUUUGGUAUUUUGAAUUCAAGGAAUUUGGAGACUAAAAUGGGAUUCAAACGGCCUUUUGAUAGUGAUGAGUUCCAGGAGCUUCCUUUUAAGCAGGCUAGACAGUUGGACUUCGGCAAUAACUUGACUCAGUUUGCACAUUUGUAUAAAACUACAUCCCUGGCACUUGAUGUUACAGAUGAUUAUGAUAGAGGCUUUGUAAAAUCUCAACAUCAUCACACAUUUGAAAAUAACACUGUCUUUGAAGUUCCAAAUUUCUCAAGAGAUAUUGAGAUCAGUGCUCCUUUGUCUUUGGUCACGAGCAGUUCUAGUGAUGAAGAUGUUGGUUCCAGGGCAGCAGCAGCAGCUUACCCUUAUUCUCAGGGGCAUUCUGAAUUUGAUUUUCCUCGGAGAUUUGUUCCUUUUGAGGAUGCCUACUGUUCAUACUUGGACCGUUCUCCUAGAAGACAAGUUCCUCUUGGACCAAAUCAUCAAGCUAGCAUUCCAAUUUGGGGUGGGCAUUUAAAGAACCCAUUGGAAAGGGAAGGUUCAUUCAAUCCAAAUAGCUACUCUUUAGUGUCUGAAUCAAACAAUGAUAUAUACAAUGACAAUGAAGAGAGGAUGAUGGGCACCUGUAUUAUGCCAAUGCCGGAUGCAGAAUCAUCUGAAAAUAAGAAUAAUGAGGCUGGCAAUGGCAGAACAGAUUGUUGUUGCCUAGAUGAAGGCUCUGUUAGAUGUGUAAGACAGCAUGUAAUGGAAGCUAGGGAAAAACUCAAAAAUUCCCUUGGGUAUGAAAAAUUUGAGCAUUUGGGAUUUUAUGACAUGGGAGAGGAGGUGACACGUAAAUGGAGCGAGGAAGAUCAACGGGCAUUUCAUGCUGUUGUAUAUUCCAAUCCUGCAUCCUUUGGCCAGAAUUUUUGGAAGCAAUUGUCACAAGUUUUUGCUACUCGAUCCACGAAGGAAAUUGUCAGCUAUUACUUCAAUGUCUUCAUGCUUCGGAGGAGGGCUGCUCAGAACAGAUCCAACUUGCUGGACAUUGACAGUGAUGAUGAUGAGUUGCAUGGAAUCAAUAGGGGAUCAUAUAAAGUUCAAGUUUCAGAAGAAGAUGAUGACUCUGAUAUUGACUCUGUUGAUCAGAACGAUCAUGCAGAUCAUAGAGAUAAUAUUCCCAUUGAAGACGACGAUGACGACGACGACGACGACGACCAUGAUGGUGAUGAGGAUCUGGGAGAUGGUGGUGGAGAUGCCACAGGUGAAGAUUCUGGGAUAGAUUAUGUCUCAGAAACACCUGAUACAAAGUCAUUUGAUGGAAGCAGGUUAAAUGCUGCUGCUGUUGAGCAUGUUGGUAAUAAUGCAGGAAUUGUCAGAGAGGAUUUCACUGUUCAAGAUGAUUCAUGCAUGUCGUUUGAGUUCCAAGCUGAUAAGGAUGACUCUUGUGAUCCCGGUGACACUGGGGCGGCUCUGCAAGUGAACAGUGCAACUAAGAGUGAUAACAGAGCAUGCUUGCCUGGUAAUGGGGAUGAAUACAGUGAUGCGGUGGAUCAUGAUCAUGUGUACUUACUGGAUCCUUGUGAUGCUAAAGCUUGGGAUGCCCGAUAUACAGUUCCAAUAAAAGGUGUUGAGCUUCUACCCACAUGCAACAUGAUUGAAGAAAUUUUUGGACAAGGAACAAGCAGUGAUUAGAACAGAAAUAACCACCGAAGGAGCUAUUGCCAUCCUCAGUGUACAGUUAGUGUGACCUUUUCAAGGGUCUGGAUCCUGGGAGUUCUCUAGCUAAGCAAAUUAUGCAAGAAAAUUUCUUUCUAGAGGAUGGCCGUUUUUCCUUUUUGUGAAGUAGGAAGGGGGGGAAUGGAAUGAAAAAAAAAGCAGAUUUUUGUUUUUGGUUUUCUUGAUGUACACAUUCAUUUUGUGGAAUGUAAAAUUCACGAGUUUUGUUAAUAUAGGCUCUCUCAAUUUUAGGAAUAUAUGUAUCUAACUAUUUACAAAAAGGACAGUGAAGGCUAGUGAAGUCCUGGUUGGUUCUAAUCCCAACCUUAUAUUGAAACCUUGAUGGAGAAAUGGAUUCCAACCUUGGUUCUC